AUGGACGGAUAUGAGCUUUACAAUCAAGUCGUCCUUUUUGGAGAUUCACUCUUCCAAUUGUCCUGCACGCCUCAAGAUGUCUUCUCCUUUCAGGCUGCCCUUCAAGACUUCUGUAUGAGGCGUCUCGAUGUCAUCAAUAGAGGCUUCUCAGGCUACAACACGGCCAACGCUCUAGGAGUUCUCCCAUACCUCUUCCCACCACCUUCGACAACAACGCCUAAGAUAGACUACAUCCUAAUCCUCCUCGGCGCCAACGACGCCUGCCUCCCAAUCCCCACAAACAGCCAGCAAAUCGCCCUAGACCAAUACAAACAAAACCUCAAAGCCAUCCUCACCCACCCCACCAUCCAAGCUCACAGCCCCAAGAUCCUGCUCGUGAACCCCCCUCCCCUCGACGAGAUCCGCAUGCUCGAGCGCGAUCUCGAAAAGGGCCACGGCCAGGCGUCGCGCAACGCGGCCGUGAGCAAGACGUACUCGGACGCGGCGCUCGCCGUGGCAUCCGAGGUGCCCGGCGUCGUGCCGAUCGACCUCUACGGCGCCGUCAUGCGGCGGGCUGAGCAGAUGACGAUCGGGUUUAGUCGGAGUAGUCUCCCACUUGGGAGCCCCGGAGGUGAGCGGGGUGGGCUGGAGGUUUUGGUGCCGGAUGGGCUGCAUUUGGGGGGUGAAGGAUAUAGAGUGCUGUUUGAGUUGGUGAAGCCUCACAUUGGGCCGUUUGACGAGUCGAGAGAGGAUUACCGGCUUCCGGAUUGGAAGAUUCUUAACCCUGGUAGUUUGGGUUGA